AUGUUCACUUUUUUGCUUGUCCUCGCAUCCUUAUACAAUCUCGCUAAUGCGGGUGCUGCGGAUAUAGAUGUUUGCUCUGUUCUUGUGCCCGUAGUUGCAGGCGGAAACCAGGCUGCAGGUGCACAAUUUGUGCGAAGACCUUCAGUACCUGUUGAGAACUGCUAUGAUCGUGAUGCACCAGCUUGCUUCGAAAUAUUCAAGUACGCCAAUAAUGAGAUGCAGAUAAUCGCGGAUAACCGAGUGCCCACCAACGGCUAUAAAGUUCCAGAAAAUUGUCAGAAAGAUGCUUAUAAAAUGUUAGUUCGACAAAUGUGUCCACAUACAUGUGCGACAUGUUGCUUAACCAAAGAAUACAACUGCCAAAAUGCGACGAGUAUAUCGCCUUUAACGUCAGUUUGUAGAGACGAAAGACUGAACUGUGCUGCAGUUCGAGCCGCAAAUAGCUGUGGUGGUGUAUUUCGAACGACAAUGAUGCAACAGUGCGCGAAAACUUGCGGUUAUUGUGCCUAA